AUGUUUAUAGAGAGAGGGAGAAGGAAACAAAGGAGGCGGCACGGUCACCAGUGGUUCUCUGGCGACGAGGCCACGACUGCCGUCGGCGGGAGGGGGAAUGGAAGUGCAAGACUACGGCGGACCUGCACGUACCCGCAGCUUGGCGAGAGGUGGACGGAGGAGGUCACCGUGUUCUUCUCAAGAGACGACAGUGGACGGAGGUCGCCAGAGAACAAGAUCCCGAGGAGGGGUCAUUCCAGUGGCUCCAGCAGCACCAUACAGGACAAGAGGAACCCCAGGGACUCGCCUGAGCGGUCGGAGGAGCUCAAGGAUCAUCGGAGAAGCGAGGCACCGAGGGAGGGAUCGCUGGCGAGCUUCGGAGCAGGACGACGGCCGGAGGCCCGCCUGUCCUGUAGUAUUACUCAAAAAAAAAACCCAACCAGCACCAGUCUCUCCAUUCCCGCACAGAUCUCACCCACUCCACUCCCUCCGCUCUCCCCCCACAGGCGGCGACUUCAUCUCCCACCGCCGCCCCAUCUCAUCCCUUCCCCUCCACUCAUCCGACGUCGAUCAGGUGCACGCACAACCGGCUCCCUCAUUUCUCACGGCGGCGGCGGCGAGGUGCAUGAAGGCGGUGUGCGGCGCGCCCGCUCCGACGGCGGCGGGGGUGUGCGAGUGGAGGAAGGACUGGCCGCUGCGAUCUGGCGGUUUCGCCGUGCUCUGCGACAAGUGCGGGGAAUAACCUGUCUUUAUGUUGAUGUUCCGGAUUGUGAGAUCAUAAUUUGGAGUCAGAUGAAUCCCGUGUGUACUUUACUUGGUUUCCCGACAGGAGACAUGACUAUUAUACUGCUAUAUGAAGCACCCGUUGGCAUUGCAAUUUUCUCUUUUGAUGGGGACUACCUCAAUGAUCCAGCAAAGGACUUUUGAGUCUGAAAGAAUUCCUAUGAAAUGAGACGGUGCCCUCCCCAGUUGACUUCGCUAAUAAUUCUAUUGACGAUCACCUGGCCAAGAGGCUCAUUGACUUGUGUGGUUAUGAGAAGAAAUUAGUUGUAGGGUGUACUAAAUGUAAAGUAAUAAUUGAAAAGAACCUGG